CCACAUCCUCAAAAUGUUGAAUUCUCAAAAAACCCCCCAAAAACGGUCUCCUUCUCCCGCCAAAAAACCAGUACCACAACGACCGAAUUUGAAUUGGAGUGACUCAGAUGACUCACUUUUUGGGAAAAACAGAUUCAAACUUCCCGCCAAAAAACAAGAAAAAAAUUCCCGCCCAAAUGAUGAGUCCAAAAUUCGGCGUUUCCCUGAUUAUCAGUAUUCCAGAAAGUCCCCUCCUCGUCGAUAUUCCCGCCAAAAACAACAUACUCCCAAUCGUCAUGACAACCGUCGGCACAUCAAAGAAAGGGGAGGUCACCAUGGUUACCUGAGAGAAGAAGAAAGGCGACUUGAAAGAGAACGGGAGGCAUUGAAACGAGAGAGAGAAAAGUUAGAGAGAGAACGAGCAGAAUUAGCCAAGAGAAUAUAUGUAAGUCGACGAGAAGUCCACUACGAGAAGAGGCACCCGCAUGUGGGGUCAGUCAAACGAGGGUGGACAGACUGGGGGAAUAACCGAGGUGAUUCAUCACGACAAUAUUCCAUCAGACAUUCCGGUGAUUCAUUCAGAUUGCACUCUGAUCGACAUUACUCUCGGCGAUAUUGACAUUCGGC